AUCUGCCGCCGCACCGACUCACAAAUAGCACAUUACGAAAGCUGCAAACGUCGAGAGUGCGCCGAGCAGUCCGAACACACGUCAAAUUAUCCAGGCAGUGCUGCUCCAUCGACCGUUCACCACAAAAACGCCUAUCACCAUGGCUAGCAGCUCUUCGGCCCCUACUGGCGCCACUGAUGCAGUCUUGAAGCCAUCCGAGCCCGUGCCUGAGGGUGCGCAAGAAGUGCAGGGCAUCGACUUCAACCAGUAUACGUCGCGCAGCAUCACAGUCGAGGAGCUGGUGGGCGGUUAUGCCAACAUGGGCUUCCAGGCAACUUCGGUGGGAGAGGCUGUGCGAAUCAUCAACGACAUGCGCGCAUGGAAGGACACUGAGACAAAUGAGCCCACGACGAUAUUCCUUGGAUACACGUCGAACCUCAUAUCUUCGGGUCUGCGCGAGACACUACGGUACCUGGUCCAGCACAAACACGUCUCUGCCAUCGUGACAACUGCAGGCGGUGUUGAAGAAGACUUCAUCAAAUGUCUUGCGCCAACCUACCUCGGCGCUUUCUCUACUCCCGGCGCCGGGCUGCGAGCGAAGGGCAUGAACCGCAUCGGUAAUCUUGUCGUCCCUAACAGCAACUACUGCGCGUUCGAGGACUGGGUAGUGCCUAUCCUGGACAAGAUGCUGGAGGAGCAGGAGGCAAGUAAGAAGACAGACGAGCCAUUGCACUGGACACCAAGCAAAAUCAUCCACCGUCUGGGCAAGGAGAUCGACGACGAGCGAUCCGUCUACUACUGGGCAUGGAAGAACGAUAUUCCAGUGUUUUGCCCGGCGCUGACAGACGGAAGCCUGGGCGACAUGUUGUACUUUCACACAUUCAAGUCGUCACCAGAACAGCUACGCGUCGACAUCGUAGAGGACAUCAGGAAGAUAAACACGAUCGCAGUACGCGCGAAGAGGACCGGCAUGAUUGUCCUAGGUGGAGGACUAGUGAAGCAUCACAUCGCCAACGCGAACUUGAUGCGCAAUGGAGCUGAUAGUGCGGUGUACAUCAACACGGCGCAAGAAUUUGACGGGAGUGAUGCGGGAGCGCGGCCAGACGAGGCUGUCAGUUGGGGGAAGAUCAAGCUAGAUGGAGAUAGCGUCAAAGUAUACGCAGAGGCGACGGUAGUGUUCCCGCUCAUCGUUGCGGCCACGUUCGCACGGGUUCAGCGGUCGCAAGGGCAAUGACGAAAUGCAACUUGUAGCACACCAACAGCUCGUAUAAUGGUGACGGAGACACUGCUGUUGACCGAAAUAAGUGGGCUGGUAUGGGAGCCAUGACUGCUGUAUGGAGCAACGUUGUUGGCGCGGAGAGCUGACGCAGGGAAGGCGCGGUCGGGCCCACCUUCCCCACUAGUCUCAAAGCUCUAGCGUGACUGCCUAGCCGGUCACUGUGGAGCGUUAAUCGAUAAGGGGAGCUGAGCUUCGUGUUGAUGAUGCUGAUGACGAUGGCGCCAUGCCUGCGCAGCCUUGUGCUAUGAGUCAACUAGCAACUUGGGUAUUCUGAGAGGCUGUGAAGGGCGCAGAGCCUCCAGGUUGAAGGCGUUGAUGCUCAAGCUCCAUCGGUUCGGGAUAGCGCAGCGCGUG